UUGAUGUCCGAACCACUUUUGGGGUUGCUUUUCUUUGUGAAGAAACCUCAUUUCCUCCUGUUUUUCCUCUUUCAAGAGUCCCAAAGACCAAAAAGAAAAAAAAAAAAUGUCUUCUCCUAGCAAACGGCGAGAGAUGGACUUGAUGAAACUGAUGAUGAGUGACUACAAGGUGGAGAUGAUCAAUGAUGGCAUGCAAGAAUUUUAUGUCGAAUUCAAUGGACCAAAAGACAGUCCUUAUCAUGGUGGUGUGUGGAAGAUAAGGGUGGAGCUCCCAGAUGCUUAUCCUUAUAAAUCUCCAUCGAUUGGCUUUAUAAACAAGAUCUACCACCCCAAUGUUGAUGAAAUGUCUGGCUCUGUUUGUUUGGAUGUCAUCAAUCAGACUUGGAGCCCCAUGUUUGAUCUGGUAAAUGUGUUUGAAGUUUUUCUUCCUCAACUUCUUUUGUAUCCCAACCCAUCAGAUCCAUUGAAUGGAGAAGCUGCUGCUCUUAUGAUGCGUGAUCGUACAACCUAUGAACAACGAGUGAAAGAAUAUUGUGAGAAAUAUGCUAAGCCGGAAGAUGUUGGAGCAGCAGCAGCAGAAGAGAAGUCCAGUGAUGAAGAGCUGAGUGAAGAUGAAUAUGCUGCCUCUGACGAUGAGGAAAUUGCUGGAAAAGCUGAUCCUUAAGCACAUAAUAUGCUUCGCUAGGAAAUUGUCUGUGUUGUACAUGAUAUUCAGCUCCAGGAAAAUUUGAACUUGACAAAACUGGGGUCAUAUAGAAAUAUUCCUGCCCCUUUCUGUCUUUAUUGUCCAUGGAUGUUUUGUGUAAAUUAACGCACUUUGUUUAAUAUUCCAAAUAUUCAUAUCCACUGUUUAGACUAAAAA